UCAGGCAAGUACCGUUCACCUGGCAACCGCCAAACCCAGACACGUCCAUUUGAUUGCCAGAUAGAAAAGGGUGAUUCAUCACUCCAGAGAAUACAUCUCCACUGCUCUAGAGUCCAGUGGUGGCGUGCUUUACACCACUGCAUCCGAUGCUUUGCAUUUCACUUGGUGAUGUAAAAUUGGAUACAGCUGCUCGGCCAUGGAAACCCAUUCCAUGAAGCCCUCUAUGCAGGGUUGUUGUGCUAAUCUGAAGGCCACAUGAAGUUUGGAGGUCUUUAGCUAUUGACUCUGCAGAACGUUGGCGACUUCUGCACACUGUGCGCUUCAGCAUGUCUU